GUUUUUAAAAGCCUACCCUAGCGCUAAGUCUGAAGAUAAGCCUAGGGCCUACCAUAGGAUAGGCUGGUUUACCAAUCAUAUUUUAUGAAUAUUCACAUUGAAUCACGUGGUGAAUUUGGCAAUAUGCAAGAGAAUCCAUUUCCUGAUAUAACAAUUGCAGACUGGACAUUUCUGGAUGCCUCUGGAGGACGAAGUAAUUGUCCUAAAUGUGGAAAGUCUAGAAAAUAUUACUGUUAUAAUUGUUUAGUUCCACUUCCUAGCCUUAGUGCUGAAAUGCCUAAAGUGAAGCUCCCAAUUAUGAUAGACAUAAUAAAACAUCCUAGUGAGACAGAUGGUAAGAGCACUGCUCCACAUGCUGUUAUAAUUGCUCCAGAGCAUGUUUCUAUUCACACAUAUCCCUGUAUUCCAGAUUAUGACCCUGUUAAGGUAGUUGUGGUAUUCCCAUGCAAAGAGUCAUUGACCCUGGAGGACAUCGCAUCUUCUGCUGGGAAAAUGACUGCUGAAUCUAAAGAAGUAGAGCAAAAAAAUCAAUUGAGUAAUGACUGUGAACAAGAUUCUUCCAGUUGUACUGAUGCAUUAGAAGAAACUAAACCCAACUCUUCUGAUGAAAUAGGUAAAAACAAAACAAAAAAGAGGGUAAUGGAGAUCACAGACAUUAGUACGGAAGAGACUCCACCUACUAAGGUGAUCAAGAAGUGUAAUGCUUUACCUUUUGAAAAAGUUGUAUUUAUCGAUUCAACUUGGAAUCAGACCAAUAAUAUUGUCAAUGAUGAGAGAUUAAAAAAACUUAGAAAAAUAGAGCUUCGGUCACGGAAUACACACUUCUGGCGCUCACAAGAUGGGAUUCCUAGAUCUUAUUUGUCAACAAUUGAAGCAAUCUAUUACUUUCUUAAAGAUUUUCACUUAUUAUUUAUAGAUUCUGAUUACAAUCAUGAAUAUGAUAACCUUUUAUUUUUCUUUUGUUUUAUGUACCAAAAAAUUCAGAGCAACUUAAAAGGUAAAAAACAACUCAAAGCAUAUCAAAGAUAGCUAGAUAAACAGAUGUCUGAAGAUACCAAUGUCCAUCAAUACACU